AUGGCGACUCUACGUCUCGCGGGUCGCCACCUCAAAAUCCAAUCCCGCCCGUCUUUGUCGCGUCAUGCAUCGUCCGUGGCGAGCAGUGGAUCCUCGCGUUUACGCACAGGAAUCUACACAGGAUUGUUUUUGGUUUCUACGGGACUUUUUGCUGCAUACUAUCUCGACUCACGCUCUGCGAUUCACCGAUACGUGAUCACGCCCGUCAUCCGGCACGUCUUGGACGCGGAAACGGGGCACAAGCUUGCUGUGCGCGUGCUUGCGAGCGGACUCGCACCGAGGGACACGCAACCGGACGAUGAGCGGCUGAAGACUGAGCUCUGGGGCGAGGAGCUCUCUAACCCGGUAGGGCUCGCUGCCGGCUUUGACAAGCAUGGGGAGGCAGUGGAUGGUCUGUUCAAUCUCGGCUUUAGCUGGGUUGAGAUUGGAAGUGUCACGCCCAAGCCGCAGCCAGGCAAUCCGCGCCCAAGGCUCUUCCAUCUGAUUGACGACGCCGCCGUCAUCAACCGGUACGGCUUUCCCUCGGAAGGGCACGCCGUCGUGCUUGCACGCCUGCGGGCACGCAUGCCCUCAUUCUUUUCACCAACGACACAAGUGCAACACGCGUCGCUUCGUCCGGGUGCGCUGCUCGCGGUGAACCUCGGGAAGAACAAGUCGUCAUCGGCGGAGUCAACAGAGGACUUUGUGCAGGGCGUGCGGACGUUCGGACCGUACGCAGAUGUGCUGGUUGUCAAUGUAUCGAGCCCGAACACGCCUGGACUGAGCAGAGCGAUGCAGGGCAGCACGCUGUUGCAGGAGUUACUGGAGGGCGUGACGGCCGCGCGGGAUGAGCUCGCAGUAGAGGGCGUUGCGCGAAAGCCAAAGCUCGUGCUCAAGAUCGCGCCGGACUUGGACCAGGGCGAGAUUGCGGACGUCGCUGCUGCUGUGUGGAAGAAUGGUGUGGAUGGGGUAAUUGUCAGCAAUACGACAGUGCGCCGUCCAGCAAGCUUGUCAGAUCCAAACAAGAAUGAAGCCGGCGGGCUUUCCGGACCGCCACUGAAGCCCUACUCGCUCGCGACGCUACAUACACUGCGUACACUUCUCCCGGCAUCGAUUCCAAUCAUCGGGUGCGGUGGAAUCACGAGCGGGGCGGACGCGCUGGAGUAUGCACGGGCGGGCGCGGCAGCGGUGCAGGUGUACACGAGCUUUGGGUAUGACGGCGUCGGCGCGUGCAGGAGAAUCAAGGACGAGAUCACAGAGGAGCUGAAGCGGGAAGGGAAGACGUGGGCAGAGGUGGUGAGCGCCGCGGUCGGAGAGCUGAGUCUGAAGGAGGAGAAGGUUCAGGAGAAGGGCACAAUCAAGCAGCUGACGGAGGAGGCGCAAGAGCUGAUGAAGCUGGUAGACAAGCUGGGAGAGCAGAAGGUGACCAUGCCUGUAGUGGCCGUAGAGAGUUCGCCGGCGACGGUCGCGCCCGCAGCAUAG